AUGGGCGCCAUCACAAACGGCCUGUGCGAAACCACGCCGGGAGUCAAACAGACCUCGGGAUACUUCACUGUCGGUGAGGAUGUGAACAUGUGGUUCUGGUUCUUUGGAGCGCGCAAGAAUGCCGACACCGCACCACUCGUCAUCUGGCUCAACGGCGGGCCCGGCGCAUCCAGCAUGAUGGGUCUCUUCCAGCAGAACGGCCCUUGCCAUUUCGUGCCCGGAACAAGCAACACAGCCGAUACCAACAACCCCCAGCCCGUGUUGAACGAGUUCAGCUUCAACGAGGAAGCCAACAUGCUCUACAUUGACCAGCCCGUCGGCACGGGCUUUUCCUUCACCAACGACCCCCUCGUCGAGGAGCAAGUCAAUUCGACCGGCACCGCCGUGCGGUAUCUUUAUGAUUUUCUGCAGGAGUUCUACGCCACCUUCGAAGAGUUUCAAGGCAGGCCAACCGGGAUAUUCACUGCCUCAUACGGCGGACGCUACGGGCCCGCACUGGCACGCUACAUUCAGAACCAGAACGCCAUGACUGCCGAGACGGGCCUGCAGCAGAUCAACCUCCUCGGGCUCGCCAUCAACAACGGCCUGUUCGACUACGCCCUCCAGCAGCGCACCCUGGCCGACUUCCUGCUCUACCAGGGCUUCAUCACGCCCAAGAUCCACAGCGACACGAUCAAGGCGUACGAGUCGCAGUGCGUGCCAGCGCUGAACCAGUGCCGCGCCACGGAGACCGAAAAGGACUGCUCGGCGGCGGACGACGCGUGCUAUGUCGCCGUGGAGGAACCCAUGGCCAGGGCGGCAGGGUAUGUGUAUGACGUGCGCGGCCGGGAGGAGUUUGCGCCGCCCGAGACGUACGCGAGCUGGCUGGUAAACGGGACUGUGCAGGUCACCGGCAAGGAGGAUGUUCCUGUGAGCAAGGCCAUCGGCGCGCAGACGGUGUACCAUGCUGGCAGCGAUGAUGUGUUUGGGCGAUUCAUCAGUACCGGUGAUACCGCUCGCUCGUCGAUGCCUGCGCUUUCUGAGCUGGCCAAGUCGGGCCUUCCCAUUCUGAUCUGGGCCGGCGACAAAGACUUCAUCUGCAACUACAUGGGCGUCCGCAACGUCGCCGAGAGCGUCGAGUUUCCAGGCCAAGACACGUUCAAAAGCAAGUUUCUGUCUUAUUGGAAGGUCACCGACAAGAUAUACGGCGACUUCAAGACGCAGGACAACUUGUCGUAUCUACAAGUACGGAACGCUGGCCACUAUCUGAUGUACAGCCAACCGAAAGUUGCGCUCGAGGUGUUUCGGCAGUUUGUGAGCAGCGGUACAAUUGUUUCUACAUAACCUCAUCUGUUAGGCCGCUCCUGGAAUCUGGCAUCCUUGGUGUUAUAGCGGUUUGAUUGAAAAUAUCGGGCAAGGAGCUGUGAAGUGUGCCUUCCGUUUGCUUGGG